AUGGCUAGUCCUACUGUGCUUACCUUCGAUGCUAAGGGCCGUGCGGCCGAUUUUGAGGUUUGGGUAGAUGACUUGCAGCUCUAUCUUCAGUGCGACUCCAGGGACGGAGUCUCGCUGUUCAAUCACACGUUCGGCGCCUCUGUUGCACCUGCUGCCGCCGCUGACAAUACGGUUCCCUCGCAGUGGACUACUCGUGACGCUGUUGCUCGCCUUGCUGUUCGUCGUCACCUACCGUCUGCUAAGCGCGCGCACUUUGGCCAGUACAAGACUGCUAAGUCUCUGUAUGAUGCUGUUGUCACACGCUACUCCUCCCUUACCUCUGCUGCCCUCAGCCGUCUCAUGCUACCGUUAACCCCCCUCCCCCCCCCCUCCAUGUACAUCAACCUCUUCUACCUCGUCACCCGUCUCCCUGACUCUCUCCGCUCCGUUAGGGACCACUUUCUCUCCCUUUGCCCCAGUGAGCUCACCGUCGACCUGCUCGAAGAGUGCCUCCUUGCAGCUGAGACUAGCAUAGUUGCUGUAGGAGCUUCUCGCGGCGACCCUCGCACCCCUUUCAUUGAGGGGUGCUCCCCCGUCCCCCUUUUGCCCUCUGUUGCUUUUGCUGCUACUAUCGACCUCGUUGGCACCGAGGCGGUCGGGGCUGCGUCUGCUCCUAGUGGGAGGCGCCGCAGCGGCAAGGGCAAGGGGGGCAAGGGUGGUGGAGGGGACUGCGGGGGCGGCGGUGGUGGUGGUGGAGGAGGUGGAGGGGGUGGGAGUGGAGGUAUGGAGGUGCUGGUCCCUGCGCUUACGUUCUCCGCACCGGCGAGCGCCGUGGGGAGACGUGCGGGGUGCCGCACGCUACGCAGUGUUGUUUUGGUUGCCUGA